GACCCAACAUGAGAGAAGAGGGGGAAAUGUUUUAACGAAGCAUGGAAGUUCCACCGGCUAUCACUUCGCUCGAUCAUCGAGGCUAUUUCACAACCCCAAGCCUGUUCAGCACAGCUCUGCAGCUCAGCUCUUUCACCAAAAACCGAGCGAGCGAGAGGAGAGCCCGGUUCCCCGCUGCCCCUGCUCCCUCACUGGCAGUGCGGAAGGAAGAGUGAGAGGGUGAAAAGGAGGGAUGGGACGCGUUUGUGCACUCAGAGCAGAACACAAGAAGCGGCCGAAAACCGAGGUGCGGAGGCGGUGCGCGUCGAAAUGAAAGCAGAACAUCAAGUCGCAUUCUUUUCUCUGCUGACGUGCAGUCCGGCGUCCUUGGGCUGAAGCAGCGAGUCCGAACCAAAUCACGGAGUCGGUUCAGCGAAGCCUCGCACGCUCCGAGCAACCUCGGUUGGGGAAGAGGAUCCAGGACGGCGUGGAAUUGUGUAAACAUAUUGGGACAACUGUGGAAAAUAAUUGCUGUCAGCUGAAAACGACACUAGGUGUUCGUCUGUUACAGAGAGAGGAGGUAGGGCCAGAUGUCUUUGGUGUGAGCUCACUCUGACUACAGGAGGGGUAGGGGUGAGCAGUUGAUGAAAACACUCCACACACCCCUCUCGCUCCCUGUCUGCAAGCUCCUCCUCCUGUAGCCCCAUCGUCAUGGCGAUGAGUAGCGAUCCUGGCUGCAUGGGGACGGAGCCUGACCCCGACCCCGAACCCUUCUCCCAGUCCGAGCUGGCUGAUAAGAUGGCUGCCAUCACCAUAACGGACCCAUCAACCAACGGGCUAAGGAAUGGGGCGGGGGUCCGGAAAGUCCCACCACAGCGACCGCACCUGUCCGGCAGGAAGAUGUCUCUACAGGAGAGAGGGACAUACCUGUCUGCGGGGGGUGGAGCCGAACGAUACCACCAUAUAUCCCCACGGGCUGCCCGCAGGCCCACCAUAGAGUCCAAACGCGUGUCCAUCUCAGAUGCACCGGACUGCAUCCAGCUUAACCAGUACAAACUGAAGAGUGAAAUCGGAAAGGGCUCUUACGGAGUGGUCAAACUGGCUUACAACGAGGAUGAUGACAAGUAUUAUGCGAUGAAAGUAGUCUCUAAGAAGAAGCUGAUGAAGCAGUAUGGAUUUCCACGCCGCCCUCCUCCACGGGGUCCGAAAGCAGCCCUGGGUGAGCAGCCUAAAGUGCUUGGGCCCCUGGAGAGGGUCUACCAAGAGAUCGCCAUCCUCAAAAAGCUCGACCACCUCAACAUCGUCAAGCUGGUGGAGGUGCUGGAUGACCCAGCUGAGGACAAUCUGCACAUGGUGUUUGAACUAAUGCAGAAAGGGCCUGUGAUGGAGGUACCUACAGAAAACCCCUUCAGUGAAGAGCAGGCACGCCUCUACUUCAGAGAUAUCGUCCUGGGCAUUGAGUACUUGCACUAUCAGAAGAUUGUCCACAGGGACAUCAAGCCGUCUAAUUUGUUGCUGGGAGACGACGGCCAUGUGAAGAUUGCUGAUUUUGGUGUUAGUAACCAGUUCGAGGGGAAUGAUGCCUUGCUCUCCAGCACGGCUGGGACUCCUGCUUUCAUGGCCCCAGAGACCCUUUCUGACAACCGCAAAAGCUUCAGUGGAAAGGCUCUUGAUGUGUGGGCAAUGGGGGUGACGCUCUACUGCUUUGUAUUCGGAAAGUGCCCUUUUAUUGAUGAGUACAUAUUGGCUCUGCACAACAAGAUCAGGAGCAAGCCGGUGGAGUUUCCCGAGACGCCAGCUGUCAGCGAAGGCCUGAGGAACCUGAUCCUGAGAAUGCUGGACAAGAACCCAGAUAACAGGAUCACCAUUCCUGAGAUCAAGCUGGACCCCUGGGUCUCUCAGGAUGGUACUGAUCCAUUGCCUUUAGAAGAAGAGCACUGCACAGUGGUGGAGGUCACUGAAGAGGAGAUUCAAAACUCUGUUAAAUUUGUCCCCAGCCUCUCUGCUGUGAUCCUAGUGAAGGCCAUGUUGCGCAAGCGCUCUUUCGGGAACCCUUUCGAGUGUCCUAGCAGGAGAGAGGAGAGGUCCAUGUCUGCACCAGGAAGCCUGCUAAUGGACUCAUGGCCGUUCCGCCCCUCUCUAAAACUCCACCCUUCUUUAAGAAAAGGUAGCAGUGGGGAAGGUGGAAGGGAAGUGGAGCUGGAGGACCUGCAUGAAGAUGAGCCACCCUCUUCCUGAGCAUCUUCGCCUCUUCUAACAUUCGCAGAUGACUGUACGUGCCCUGCCCUUUACUAACUACUACACUGGACAUCAAAAUGAAUACUGCUGCACGCCAUUUGCAAUCUGCUCAAGUUCAGUCCUGCUUGCACUUCUUGUUUCUUUAGACGUAGCUCCUCUUUCCCGCUCCUCUGAUGACUAUUGUUAUUCCAAAACCUUUCGAGCAGCCUGGAUGCUAGUAGUUUAGCCUGACCACCCUUGCUUUUUGGUCCUAACUUGAUCCUUCCUUCAUUCUGGAUGCCUGAAAGCUGUAUGUCCACCAGCUCUCUUCUACAAGAUGAUAUCCCUGGCUUCACCUUUCCCCACAGUGGAACUCCACAUGCCAGAAAGACGCUGGGAGCUUCAUGAAACACGGACCAUCUUCACUUUGGAAAUGCCGCCCUUUAUAUUUCAUUCAUGCUCAAGUGGUCAGCAUGUCCAUCAUGAAGUGAGCAGAGCUUCGCUGGCUCAAUCUCAGAGACUUUUGCUGAAUUCUAAGGUGUGUUUGGAGGACUGCCUUUGCUUGACAGUGGACUAAGCUUUAAAAAAAAAAAGAAAAAAAGUCCUUGUUGGAAAAAUUAUGAACGGAGAACCAAAAGACUUGGAGCUACUUCUGAGGAACAUUUAUUUAACAUCUCAAAUCUAGAACAAGGACAUUGUUCUGGUGCCACCUUCUGACAGAAGCAGGAAUAGCAUGGCUCUAUCAGCUCAGUAGAGCUUUUUUUUUUUUUUUUUUGUAUAUGUGUGGAAUAUAAUGUUGAUGUCUUGCUUUGUCGCACUUUGCAUACCGUAAUAUUUAUUCUCAACAUGGCCAGUUUUACUAUGCUUGUCACUUUGGUAUAUUCAAGCAUUCACAGAACGUAUCUUCAUUCACAUAUACACACACUCACAUGGGCAAAAAUGAGCCAAUUAUGAUAGGGCUGUCUUAAUAUGCGUGUUUCAGACAAACACAAUGCUACAGAAUAGGGCUUGCACACAAUUACAUGCAAAGUGUUUGAGGGCUUCUUGUUUUAACCCCUUAAACUGCAAGGCCAGGGCCGUCUCUGAGAAACGUUCUACGUGGGGGGCCCAGACCCAACCCAGUCAUGUACGUAAAUGUGUAUGCAAGAAUUUAAAAAAUAAUGCUUAGUUUGUUUGUUUUUCAGGGAAAAAAAUAACAAUGGAAUAUUUUUCUUGCAAGCAAUAUUAAAUAAGUAAAGCACAGUACUCUUCAGAAGUCAGAGGCCAUCCUUCAUUUAUUUCAUUUCCAGUUAAGUACAAUUUUUUCAGAAGUUUAAAGAGCUCCUGAAGGGACAUCUGGUACACACCAGAUACAAUGUGGUGAGUAUCAAUACAUUCAAUGCGUCCCUGAUUAUAUCAGGCGUGAUUAGCAACUCAUGGAUUAUUGGGACCUUAACACAUAGUAUCUGGUGCCCACCACAUAAUACGUUUUUUGAGUUUUUUUACCUUAUUAUACCCUACUAAAUACACCAUAUACACCAUUUCUGAAAGUUGCACUUAAUGGCUGAUUUGACUGGAAAUUAAAUAAAUGAAGGUGAUCUCUGACUUUUUCCACAUAACUGUACAUACUGGUGGGCCCUUGGCUUGAGGGCCCUUAAAUUACUGCUUAUACCUCUUACAGCUUACAGGGAAAUGGCUCUGUGCCUGUGUCUGUAUGUGGCUUACAUUUAAUUCCUUUCUCACUGCAUAACCUUCAAGUUAGUUUUAUAGUAAUUGCCCUGUGAUUUUAAUUGUGGCUUCAGUGUACCGUUACAGAAGCCUUAAGAUCAGUUACUGAUUAAGUCUGCGGUUUAAGGGGUUAAACACACACACACACACACACACACACACACACACACACACACACACAGAGACACCACUACCAUACAGGACUUUCUUUCCUCAUCAUGGUGAAUGUUGCAGAUGCUCCAUUCUGACAGAAUCGGUAGCAAAGAUACUGUUGUGUGUCACAGUGUGCUAUUGUCUCCCUGCAGAAGCAGAAAUCUGUCAUUAUUUACAGUCUCUUCAUUCUGAAUGGCUUAUUUGUCAGUUAGGAACGCAGACAGUCUCUCUAUCUCACACACAAACAUCCAUCCAUAAACACAUGAGUGAAUGAGCAUGUAUUGGUGCAGAAACAGAGAGAAUCGCUUUCGCUCGGUCUCAGACAGCCGCCUGCAAUCUGAAUACAGUGAUUAGUAUCAGAGCACCCGGCAUUUAAAGGAAAUGCAGUCCCUCAAGUCCUGAAGUACAGCUGUAAAGCACCAAACUCAUCUUUUUUUUUUCCUCCAUCCUCCCUUUGAAAGGCGCCCUUAUUGGACCUUCCAAGCAGUUCAGCUGGGCAAAGGGUACUGUUUUCUGGACAAGAAUGGCAGCUGUGGGCUGGCGGUCUUAUCACACUGUAAUUGCAGGGGCAUUUUAAAUUGGCACCCAUCUAAAUUGGAUUUUGUCCGCUUAGGAAGCAGCCGUGCUCUUUCAGAUCAAGUGAACACUGGGGGGACUGCCCAAAUUAGAGUAGCUGCUAAUUAUUCACCCUGAAUGCAGCUUGUUUUUUUUUUUGGAUGAAAGUAUAAAAACUCUAAAAGCAGCCUUCUCUCUCUUAGGUAAUGUAGAUGACUGCAUACACAGGCAGAUUCAAAACAGCUUGUAAAUCUAUCAUUUUUAAAUGUGUUAACAGCUGCUCCAGUUCUGAAACGAGUACUAAAGCAGGGUUCCCAACCAGGAGUUCAGGAUCCCCAAGGGGUUUCUGGUGCCAGAAAUGUCACUAUCAAAUUGUAUAAAAUGUCAAAAAUAUCACUUUUAUACAAAUUGUGUCCUGAUAAGUUACAAAAAUGUCCAUUAUAACAUGUUUUCAUGUUUCAUCUGUUGUGUUUGGAGGCGAGUUGGGCAUCAAUACUGUAAAGUCACUGGCGUAACUACUCAGAGGAAAGGGAGGAGGGGUGCAACCAGGCCUUAUAAAACCUAAUUGGACCCCUCAUAUAGAUCAUGACACAAUUGUACCCAAGGCUCAUGCGUAGUUUCAUAUCAACAUGCGUGAUCAGUUAGCUCCCAUCACUACACAACCAGUCCAUUAUUUAUUAUUUAUCUCUCUUAUUCAUAAUACAUCUCAUCCAUUGUUGCUGUAAAGGUUGCACCAUGAUAUCGAUAUUGGCAGAUAUUAUCUGUACAUACGCCACUGGACAGAUGUUUAGAUUGGACUGUUAUUUCAAAGUGAUAAUAGAAGAAUCUGGAAGAGCAGAAUGUUUAGGUGACACUGGAUUACUGUGCCAUAACAUCUGCAUUUUGUUCAUUUCCUGCAGAAAUUUCUGUGUAAGGCUAAACCAGAAGGAUCUUGUCCAGAUGUACUAAAUAAGAUGUCAUAGGAUGUUUGCUUUAGGGAGGUGCGUUCUUGCUUAGGAUCAUACAAUCCUAGUUACAUCACUGUCUAAAAUCAUGCAUUAAAUGCACUUGACUCCAAUGUGUUCUUUUCUCCAUUUUCACCUGUAAAAUACAUUACAGGAUCAGUUUUAUCAGUGUACCUGCCUUUGGCAGUAACUGUAUUACUUUAAUAUAUCUUUCUAACAUGGAAAUGAUGUACACAUUUCAGUCAAGUCACUUUAAAAACUUUUUUUUCUCAGCACCAGUUAUUUAGCAGAUAAACUAAUAAACAGAUUUAGCAGAUAAACCAGGUACACACAUACACGAAAGUGUUCAAUAUUGACAAAUUUCUUGCUACAUGCUCAGAAAAACGCUGUAUGUAUGUGUUUCAUAAGUGUAACCCCUCUUAAUGUUCACUAUGCACUUGUAUGUCGUUUGUAUGUCAUGUGGCAUGAGCUUGACCUCAAUAUAACUUUAUAACUUCCGUCUAACAAAAGCUCGAAUAUCAGGUGCAGCGCAUAUGGCUCAAGUAUAUCAUUAAUUGUGGUACGACUCAAGUUAACUUUAAAACCCCUUUAACACAUUUUAUCAUAGAGCAAGCAAACACAAAUGCUAACAGGUGCAGGUGCUUAUACCUCAGCUUUAACCACAGUGUAGUCUCUGUUGUGUGGUGUGGCUCACCAUUUGCACUUCAUUACUUUGUGUACAUUGACUUCUGAAGUUCUGGCAUCGUUUCUUAGUCGAUGACAUGCCCAUAUAAGGAACUACAGUAGUUGUUUUUGCAGCCUCAGUGUGCCCUGUCAUAGGCUACCUUCACAUUACGAGCCUCUUUGCUCAAAUCCGGUCUCUCUGGAUCUUCUGAGUUAUGAGACUAUGUUGUCACAAUCUGAAUGUUGCUACAUGCAGGCUAACACUGCUGUGCGUUGAAUUGACAACCUUGCCAAAGCAGCAAGCUUUGUCAAAUGUCUUGGUUAAGUUACCUUGACAGUUCUAGGUUACAGUUUGAGUAGCUGGUAUUGGUAUAUAAUAUUGUCAAAGUAUGACAGCAGACUUACUUUCAUUCAACAUCAUUUCAAUGUGCAAGAUGGUAGCAUUUAUUAAUAUUAUGACUAUUUAAACCUUUAAGGUCGACACAAAAAAGUGUCUGUUUCUGCUUUUUUAUUUACUCAUUUUUGAUAUUUGAUCACAUCAGGCACUCUCCAUAUAGUAACUCUAAUUUUAUUUAUUUAUUAUUUUUUUGGAUGCAAAUUCUGUUCUGAGUGAGCUCAUGCACUCACUCGGAGGAAACAUGGUGCAUCCACCAAGAAAGGAAGCCUUGUGCAUCUUUUAUACAGUGAUAUAAAACACGGAAGCACACGGAAAGUUUAUUUUCUACAUGCUGAAUUUGGUCAAUUUUUUUACUGUUUACAACGGGAACAUGUACAUGGCAGCAGAUUUAAAAGAGUGACUUUCUUUUUUGGGAGCCCAGCACUAGGCCUGUUGGGUUCAUGGGGGUGCAGAUGUUUUGGAGGAUCCAGUGACUUUGGGUGGGGAGUAUUUUUGUGAGGAGUAUAUUUUGAACAUUUUUGUUUUGGCUACUUUUGAAAAUACCAUUCAUUUUCCCUAUAGAGACAAAUGGCUCAGUCCCCGGAGUUCCCUAUAUUGGCAUGACGUCAACUAUAGAAUAGUGCACGACUUCAGAUAUUUGUAGCAGACAGAGUGCUUCUCGCUGUCCUUGGACCCCUUUAACACGUCUGAUUCUGCUCAUGUGAAUGGUCUGGUAAUGAGCUUAGGUGUGUUACAGGAGGUACAGAUGUACAGAGCCCUAUGGUUUCAUUGCAAAGCCCUCAUUUAAAAGUUAUGUUGGGGUUUUUAUGUUAAGGGAACAAGGGCAGUUUUGACAAGCUCAGUGAAAUGUAACGUCACUUUACUUUGAUAUUUUUUGGAUCCAAAGCUUUUCUGGUUGUAAAUAUCUUCCUGUUCUAAAUUUGUGUGUGAAUGUGAGGGUUCACGAGGGUGAGUUUUCAUAAUGGGGUGUUAACAAAAAGGAUUGAUGGCCUAUAAAUGAACUGCAGUUUCUCACAUAUACUCGUCUGAUUUCUCUUUGCUUGAGUGACGUUGCUGGUUGUUACAUGGAUAUCUGUGUUCUCGUGCAUUAACCUGAAUGUACUUUAUAUUUCUGAAAAUGACAAAUACAAAAAAAAGAGAAGCAUGGCACAAAAACUACUGAAUGCAACUUAUUACAAUGUAAAUAUGUACCAAAAAUAUACAAAGAAGCUAUUUUUUGCAUGCUUUUUGUACACUUAGACAUAAUCAAGGACAAUAAAGAUAUCACAACCAAUCCCU